CAAGGCCAGUGCUUGUGCAGUGACUGGUCCUGGGUCCCGUUCUUUCCAUCCCCUGCCCUCCGCGCGACCCCUGAGCGGAGGAUCUACCUUCCUUCUAGGUUUCUGCUUAAUCCUCAUAAGGAUAGCCUGGGAGAGCAAGGGAUGACCACCAAGCUCUUGCAGACUGGACCUCAGGCAUUGGUGACUUUCGAGGAUGUGGCUGUGUACCUCACCCAAGAGGAGUGGGGCCAUCUGGGGCCUGCACAGAGGGGCCUCUACAGGGAUGUGAUGCUGGAGAAUUAUGGCAAUGUGGUCUCACUGGGAUUUCCAGUCUCCAAACCUGAUGUGAUCUUACAGCUAGAACAAAGAGGAGAACCAUGGUUCCUGGACAUGCAGGGAGCUGAAGAUAGAGAGAUCUUAAGAGAUUGUGAGACUAGGACUAAGAUCAAGAAGUUCUCACCAGAACAGGAAAUUCCAGAAGGAAUGGAAUUCCAGCAUAUGAUACUGAAAAGACUCAUAAGGAAUAGUCUCCAGAAACCGAAGCUGAGAAAACCUUGGGAAUCUGAGGGAAAAUUAAAGAUACACUGGGGAAGACAUUCAGAGGGGAAAUUGAAGAAACAUCUUUACCAUGAAAGAGAUUUUAGCCCAGUGAAAAUGAUACACAAGAAAAUCCUCACAGGGCAGAGUAGCAAGGAAUGUAAUAAACUUGGGAGAAGUUUCAGUCUGAACUCAAAUCCUGUCACACAUCAGAGAAUUCAUAUAAGAGAGAACCCCUGCAAAUCUAAUGUAUAUGAGAAAGCAAAGUUUAAGAACAAUUCAGUCCUUAUUGAAAAUCAGAAAAUUUGUUCGGGAGAGAAGCCCUAUGAGUGCAAUGAAUGUGGGAAAAGCUUCAGUACACAUUCAUCUUUUACUCAACAUUAUAAAAUCCAUACUGGGGAGAAACUCUAUGAAUGUAACGAAUGUGGGAAAUGCUUCAGUCAGAGCUCUCACAUUAUUGAUCACCAGAGAAUUCACACUGGAGAGAAACCCUAUGAAUGUAAUGAAUGUGGGAAAACCUUCAGUCAGAGCUCUAACCUUAUUCAUCAUCAAAUAAUUCACACUGGAGAAAAACCUUAUACUUGUAAUGAAUGUGGGAAAGCUUUCAGUUACCACUCAGUGCUUAUUCAACAUCAUAAAAUUCAUACUGGAGAAAAACCAUAUGUAUGUAAUGACUGUGGAAAAGCUUUUAUCCAGAGCUCUAAUCUGAUUCAACAUCAGAGAAGUCAUACUGGAGAGAGACCUUUUGAAUGUAAUCAAUGUGAGAAAGCCUUCAGUGUGCGCUCAUCUUUUAUUCAACAUUGCAAAAUUCACACUGGAGAAAAACCCUAUGAAUGUAAUGAAUGUGGGAAAGCCUUCAGUGCACGCUCAUCUUUUAUUCAACAUAGAAAAAUUCACACUGGAGAAAAACCCUAUCAGUGUAAUGAAUGUGGGAAAGCCUUUAGUGCCCGUUCAUCCUUUAUACAACACUGUAAAAUUCACACUGGAGAGAAACCCUAUGAGUGUAAUGAAUGUGGGAAAGCCUUUGGUGCCCGUUCAUCCUAUAUUCAACAUUGUAAAAUUCACACUGGUGAGAAACCCUAUGAAUGUAGUGAAUGUGGGAAAAUGUUUAGUGCCCGCUCAUCCUUCAAUCGACAUAAGAGAACACAUAUUGAAGAGAAGUCCUAUGAACAAAAUGAACGUAAGAAACCCUAUGAGUGUAGUGAAUGUGGGAAAACCUUUAGCUCACGAUCAUCUUUUAUUCAACAUUGUAAAAUACAUACUGGAGAGAAACCCUUUGAGUGCAACGAAUGUGGGAAAACUUUCAGUCAGAGUUCUAACCUUAUUGAUCAUCAGAGAAUUCACACUGGAGAGAAGCCCUAUGAAUGUAAUGAAUGUGGCAAAGCCUUCAGUCAGCGAUCUAGCCUUAUUCGACAUCAUAAAAUACACACUGGAGAGAAACAUUAUGAGUGCAGUGAAUGUGGAAAAGCCUUCAUUCAGAGCUCCAAUCUUACUAAACACCAGAGAAUUCAUACUGGAGAGAAACCCUAUGAGUGUAAUGACUGUGGCAAAGCUUUUAGUGACCGUUCAUCUUUUAUUCAGCACCGAAAAAUUCAUACAGGAGAAAAACCCUUUGAAUGUAAUGUGUGUAGUAAGUCCUUUAUCCUGAGCUCUAAUCUUAUUAAACAUCAGAGAAUUCACACAGGAGAGAAACCUUAUGAAUGUAAUGAAUGUGGGAAAACCUUCCGUGCACGCUCAACUCUUAUUCAGCAUCAGAGAAUUCAUACUGGAGAGAAACCCUUUGGUUGUAAUGACUGUGGGAAAGCCUUCAGUCAACACUCUAACCUUAUUCAACAUCAGCGGAGUCAUACUGGAGAUAAACCAUGUGACAAAGCUGUCACUUAAUGACUUUUGUUCUGAAUAUUCAACUCUUAAAGAAGUUUGUUCACUCUCAAAAAUUUUUCUACAAAUUUGGUAUAUUGCCAUUCUCUGACCAUAGAGGGACCCUAUCUGUGGCCUGAAUUCCAAAGUGUGUGUGCCUUUCCUGAUAUUCAAAGGUGGCUUUCUGCUACAGCCAUCACAGAUUUAACUACUAAAAAGUAUUAAAUACAGAAAAGUAAUAUUUAAACUGUUAAACUUAA